AUAUUCCUGGCGGUCUUUCAAUGGGAUGUCUACGGUGAAGGCUGUCAAAACUAAAAAGGGUAAAAUCGAGAUAGAUGUUGAGCGAUACCGUUCUGAGGGCUUUUGGAGUAAGGCCUUAGAAGUAAUCCUAUCUCAUGGAUCCGACCGCUCCACGUCUCUUCAUAUGUUAAAUCAGUUAAUACUUUGUGAGAAUGAACUAGAAUGGAACGAUCAAGGUGAAUUACCACCAGAAAAUUUGUCCAAGGCUAAGAGGUAUGCGGAAGAAGUUAUGAAUGGAAAUGACGAGCAAUAUAAAUUUGAGGCAUCUGUCCUUCUUGGGAAAAUAUACUAUCUACAGGGGAAUAGUGAAAAAGCUCUUAAGAUUUUAAGUUCCCUCAAUUUGUUAUCUGCUAAAAUGGACCCUAUUACACUGCGUUUCAAUUACAUCGUUAGUGAGGGUUUGGCUGUAUUGGGUUUGUGCAAAGAAGAACAGUCAAAGCUAAAAAGCCUAUCUGACAUAUCAAAAGAGAGAGACAAUAUCAUUAAUUUAUUCAACCUAGCUUGUCACAUGUGCAUAAAACAUCUUCAGGAAUUAGAUCGAACUCAACCAGAGCAUACCAAUUCAUCUGUCAGUCUACCACCGAUUGUAGAAAAAGUCAUACAAAAGAUUCCGGAAAUUCUGAUUAAAAAGGGUGACAUACCUGGUGCUAUUUCGAAGUAUCGAACUAUUCUUGGGUAUUGUGAGUUGCCUGCUACCAGGUCUCUUAGACGAGCUUUAUCCUUACGGUUUUCUGAACUGCUGUUACGGAGUGUAUGCAUAAAGACAUAUCACAAGUAUAAUACAUCGAUGGAUCAAGAUUCCUCAACAGAUAAGGAUGCACAACUAAUUCCAUACCGAUAUCCUACAAAUAGAUACAUUCCAGACAAUCGAAUAGAAGAAGCCAUUUUUUCGUUAAUGAUUUCCGAACACAUAGCCAGUCAAGAUGUUAUACUUAAUCGACCGUCAGAAUUAUCUGAACCACAAAUAGUUCGAUCAUUUAACAAUGCAGCUGCUGUCUACGACUUACUUGCCAUACUUCUUACUAAAGUUAAGCAUUUCAAAUUUCUUUCUAAAUGCCUUGAAAAAGCACUCAAGUUUUCUUAUCAUCAAUUUCAUAUCUGGUAUCAAUUCGCUUUAUCACUUAUCAGUUCUAAACAAUAUUAUCGUGGUUAUUUGGCUCUACGCGAAUGUUUACGGAUUGAUAAUUCUAAAAUAUCCGUUUAUCUAUUCGCUAGUUCAUUAUGUUUGGGUCAUUUGAAUUUAAUUGAAGAAGGCAUGGAAUUAGCUUCACAGGCAGUAGAGGUUUCUGCACAGUCUGAAACAGCCUUUAUGGCUCGUGCUCAUUUACUAGUUGGUUGGGGUUGGUCUAUUUUAGCCAGGUCAUGUUGUGUUGUAGAUAAAAAAAGUGAAUUGCGUAAUCGUGCUGUAAAAGAGUAUAGAAUUGCUAUUCAACUAGAUCCCGAUGAUUAUCUAGGAUGGUAUCAUUUAGCGGUUGAAUUGGCUACACAACGUCAUUUGGACGAAGCCUUGUCAAUUUGUCAACAAAGUUUACAAUUAAUGCCAAUACAUUCCAAUACAUUGUAUUUAUUAGCGUUAUUGCAUACAGCUGGAGGGAAACGUUUAGAUCAAGCUGCAAAGGCAUUAUAUGUUGGUUUAAGCGAUAGACCAAAUGAUUUUAAUUUAUUGUUUUUAUUAGCUAAAAUUGAAGAAGCUAGAAUUAAUCCUAAAGCUGGUUUGAAAGUCUAUCGUCAAUUGUUAAAAGUAUGGCGUGAUACAUUCUCGUUAGGGGCUAAUUCAAAGGUAAUAUUCAAUCGAAUUCGAAAAGCUGCCCUAUCAAAUAACAACGAUAUAACUAAUUCAAAUACUCCUGAUGACUUAACACUUUCCAAUGUUUCUUCAUUCAGUCCGUCGUUAGAAUUAGACGAUGACUGUUCAAUAUUAAAUGUAUGGGAAGAAAAAACUAACAACAGCAAUUACUUACAGUCUGCGCUAUCUGAUAUAGCGAUUGGUUGUGCUGGCCAAACUGGUGCAUCUAUCGUACCGCUUCCAAGACAAUCUCGUCCGGGCAAUCAAAAUCAAACAACUGCUUUGAAAGUACAAAUUAAAAUUUACCAAGGUCUAGCGGAGUCAUAUUUAGACAAUAAUCAAUUGUUUGAAGCCAAAGAAGCAUUAGAUGAAGUAAUGAAAAUUGGUGGUCUUGAUAACCAAACAUUAUAUCUUCGUGGACGUUUAGCAGAAGAACGAGGACUCGUAUGCAUAGCCCGAUCUUUAUAUGAAAGCGUUAUUGCAUUGAAGCCGGACCAUUUACAGGCAUUGCUUUCUUUAGUAAGUUAAAUAUUUAUUAUCAUUUGAAAGAGCUUUUUGUUGAUAUUUGGGACGUCUCUGCUGACAUGCUUACAUGGUAAGCAAAUGUUCCAUCGAGGAUGUUGGUAGCUUUGGUGAAUCGAUAGCUUUUAGCGAAGACCGUAUUGGCUCUUAAAGCGAUAGGUACGGUACCACCGACAUCUGAAGCUGUAGCAUUUAGUACUUUUCACGCUUACGUAGAUUUUGGACAAACCAAUUAGCUUUUCGAGUCUCCGUCUACACAUAUAUUUUACCUUGUUACCUAUUCGCCUGUAAUCCUGAUUUUUGGCAUGGCUGUUCGUGUUUACCACAUACUCUCUCGGUCACUUCUUUAAUUUUUUUUCCCUAUCUGACUACAAAUAAUAAGUCUCGCUUCAUUAAAUUGAGUUGGCACGUUUGAUUUCUCCGCUUCUCAUUUGUGUUGUUUCUAUGGUUCACCCAUAGUUAAAGAUAUCGGUGCACCUUGGAUUUUUCAAACUCGGGAGCUGUUUUUGAUGUUAUAUUUACUGAAGUCAAAUACCAACGUUUCGGUCUGCAAAAUUUAAAUUAGUCAACUGAUUUCAACAUCCUUCAUCAACGUUCAAAAGUCAGAAUUAGUGUCGUGAUGGGCUUCAUUGAUAAAGAACACAUAGUACUUAUUCCUUAAAACAGUAGAUAUGCCAUCGAAAUGACCGUUGUAGGGUGUUUUUCGUUUUCAUUAAUAAGUCCAUUCAAUUUCGCUAAAGAUAAUCGUUACGGUUGUACUCUAGGACACAUCUGAAUAAUUUUAUAUCCUCGUUUGUUUCACUUUCUGUUGUUUAAUCCAUUAUAAUAACGAUCAUUUGUUUAUCAGGCUAGUCUUUUACAUAAAAAUAAUCAAACAACCCUGGCUGAACGUGUAGCACGAGAUGCAAUGAAUGUGGACCCAACAAGUUUUCGUGUAUGGCGUUUACUUGCUGACAUAUUAGGUUCGUCAAAUACACCGGAACCAGCAUCUGAUGCUGUUGUUACACGUGCACUAUUAACAGCCAUUGAACUGGAACAAACUGAACCGAUUGAACCAUUUUAUUGCUUACCACUUGGUGUACGGUGUAAUUAAAUAUGAUAUCUUUCGAUUACUGUUAAUCCUUUAUAUUACUUAGCGCUGUAAUUAUACACAUCUAUAUUCCUUGUAAUUACAGUUGAUGAUUUCUAUAACUUAGUUUAUUUAUACACUAUCCUAUUUGAUCAAGAUAUUUUGGUUUUCCUUCAAAUAUGUAUAUAAAUAAAAUAUGAUA